GAACAAAACAGAAAAUCAUAGACAGCAACGCAAUGGCCACAACUUCUCUCACCACCCCGAAGCUCUCUUCUCCCACCAUCCAAACGCUCUGCAGAAGUCUCCCUAUCUCAGUUUCAUUUCCCGGAACCCUAAAUUUUCUCUCCCGCUCUCCCUUCCGAUCAAUCUCUCGCUCUCACCACUAUCAGCAUCAACGCCGCCAACACCUCGUCACUCGUGCAGAGUCUGAAAACGCCGCCGAGCCACCGCGGCACUAUGACUUCGACCUCUUCACCAUCGGCGCUGGUAGCGGCGGUGUCCGUGCCUCUCGCUUCGCAGCCAAUUUUGGAGCUUCAGUUGCAGUGUGUACUUCGAGGAUGUGUUCCAAAGAAACUGCUUGUGUAUGCAUCAAAAUUUGCUCAUGAAUUUGAUGAGAGUAAUGGUUUUGGAUGGAAAUAUGACACUGAACCGAAGCAUGAUUGGAGCACCUUGAUGGCUAACAAAAAUGCUGAGUUGCGGCGUCUUACUGGUAUUUACAAGAAUAUUCUGAAUAAUGCUGGAGUCACAUUAAUUGAAGGUCGUGGAAAGGUUGUUGAUCCACACACCAUUGAUGUGGAUGGGAAACUUUAUUCGGCAAGAAAUAUACUGAUUUCAGUUGGAGGCCGUCCCUUCAUUCCUGAUAUUCCUGGAAGUGAAUACGCGAUAGAUUCUGAUGCUGCCCUUGACUUGCCCUCAAAGCCUGAGAAAAUAGCAAUAGUCGGUGGUGGGUACAUAGCCGUUGAAUUUGCUGGCAUUUUCAAUGGCUUGACAACUGAGGUCCAUGUAUUUAUACGCCAGAAAAAAGUUUUAAGAGGUUUUGAUGAAGAGAUCAGAGAUUUUGUUGCAGAACAAAUGUCUCUUAGAGGAAUCCAGUUUCAUACAGAGGAGUCACCUCAGGCUAUCCUUAAUUCAGCUGAUGGUUCCCUCUCUCUGAAGACAAACAAAGGAACUGUAGAUGGCUUUUCACAUAUAAUGUUUGCAACUGGUCGAAGACCUAAUACUAAGAACUUAGGUUUGGAGACAGUAGGGGUUAAAAUGACCAAGAAUGGAGCAAUAGAGGUUGAUGAAUAUUCACGCACUUCAGUUCCUUCCAUUUGGGCUGUUGGUGAUGUCACAGAUAGAAUAAAUUUGACUCCUGUUGCUUUGAUGGAGGGAGGAGCAUUGGCCAAAACAUUGUUUAAUAAUGAGCCAACAAAACCUGACUAUAGGGCUGUUCCAUCAGCUGUGUUCUCACAGCCACCAAUUGGACAAGUUGGUCUUACUGAAGAACAGGCAACACAAAAAUAUGGUGAUGUUGAUGUUUACACAGCAAAUUUCAGGCCUCUGAAGGCUACUCUCUCUGGGCUUCCGGAUCGUGUAUUCAUGAAACUUAUAGUCUGUGCGAAUACAGACAAAGUUAUUGGGUUGCACAUGUGUGGAGAAGAUGCAGCAGAAAUUGUUCAGGGAUUUGCCAUUGCUGUGAAAGCUGGCUUGACAAAGGCAGACUUUGAUGCCACAGUGGGUAUUCAUCCAACCUCAGCUGAGGAAUUUGUCACAAUGAGGACUCCUACCCGGAAAAUCCGUUCAAGUGCUUCAUCUGAGGGGAUGAAGGAUCAUGGGCAUAAAGCUACAGCUGGAGUUUAGCAAGAGCAAUCAAUUGGCAGCAUAAAACUAGAGGCCCUUUUAAGGUGCAGGCAGUUCCCUAUGUUCUCAAGAAGUUGUUUGUCUGUUUGAAGUUCAUAUUUUCUGUUUUCUUUACAUGGAGUAGAUAUAGAAUUAUUGAUGAAUAUCAUAAUUAUGACACAAACCUAUAUAUUUUCUGUGCUCUUGCUGGUUGUAUGUAAUUUAUGUCUGAUGAUGUGAUGUGAAACAAAAACCUAGACUGGUAAUAAGCUGAUAAUGCAAUU